AUGUACAGAAAGCCGGAUAGAAUCGACGAAGGAUUAUACCUGGGAAGCCUCAACUCCGCCUCAAACAGAGAGGCACUGCUAGAGCUGGGCAUUAAGAGCAUUGUGACUGUAGCGAAUGACACGGGCGCGCCGCCGUUCCCCGACACCUUCUCAUACACGCUGGUGCACGUGGCUGAUGCCAUGCACGUGGACCUAACUUCCCACUUUGAAGGAUGCUUCGUUGCUAUUGAGGAGGGCAGGAAGGCAGGAGGCGUGCUGGUGCAUUGUCUAGCAGGCAUGUCACGCAGUGCAACGAUAGUGAUUGCAUAUAUGAUGAAGUCCAAGGGAAAGAAAAUGGCGACGACACCGCGGGACAUGGAGCUGAGGCUGGUGAACGGCAUGGUGCUGAAGGUACAGCUAGAGGAGAUGGCGGGCGGCGUGGGGGAGCGCGUGGCGGCGUUCGAGGCGAAACUGAGGGAGCAGAGCGAAGCCAUGGCUGCAUUGAAGCGCGACAUGGCCGAAAUGCGAAGCGCCAUGGCCCAUCUCAAGGGGAUGGCAGCGACGGGCGCUUUAGCGGAGAAGAACGAGAGGGGGGAGGCGGGAAACGGGAGUGCGUCGGGGGAGGCAGCGGAGGGUAUUGGCGCGCAGCCGCUGAAGGGAGCACGGGGAAAUAGUUUUUCUGCGCUUGAAGUGGAGGAAGUGAAGGCGCAGGUGGAAGCGGCGAGGGGGGAGGCGAGGACGGCGGCGCACACGGAGGCGCGCAUCAAUGACGUCGAGCUGGCGCUCGUGGCGCUGAAGGAGCGCGACGGCCGCGCGGAGAAGAACCGCGACGAGCGCAAGGAGGGCACCGCUGGGGAGCACGCGGUGGCGGAGAGGCGCGGGGAAAAGAGGCGGAAGAGGGACGACGCGGAUGCGGGGAAGGAGGAGGAGAUGGCGGAUGCUCCUUCCGUUGUGCGCCCUCUUAUUGCCCUAGGCGGCACGACUCACUUGGACCUCGACGGUGUCUACCUCUCCGAUGAUGCUCUCACACAGGUGGCCUCCUUACGAUCUCUCACUUGUCUCAGCCUCCAAGACGCCUCUGGCUUCACUGCAGUGGGGGUGACACGGCUGUUCUCUCUCACAGGACUCACACGUUUGGAGUUUCAUGGUACAUCCAUACCAGAUGCAGCCCUUGAAGGCAUUGCCGGCCUGACGAAUCUCCGUUUGCUUGAUCUAGUAAACGCCAAGAUAACCGAUGCAGGAGUAGCGAAGCUGCAGGGACUUUCUGCACUCACGACACUGCUGCUCGGCGAGUGUGCCUCGAUCACCUCUGCCAGCAUGGUGCAUGUGGGCCGAUUGACAUCACUGGAACGUCUCAUACUGUACCGAUGUGGGGUGAGGGAGGAUGGGCUGCAGCACUUGACUGCUCUCUCCUCACUGAAGGCCUUCACUCUCCCUCCAGGGGUGACUGAUUCCGGCAUGAAGCAUCUGAGAAAUCUGAAACGACUGGAUAGGUUGGGUCUGUGGGAUGCGAAAAUUUCUGCCGAGGGUAUUAAAUGGCUCAAGGGCCUCAAGUUCCUCCAAAAAAUUGCAACAGAUUCUGAAGAUGUGGCAGUGUUGAUCAGGGACAUCUUUCCUGGGAUGAUUGUUACAUCAGGCCCUAUCUAG